GUCUCGGGAGAUGCCCACCUUUGUCUGACUUACCUUGCAUCUCCACCCAGCAGCCGCUCGGAAGCCUGGCGGGGGGUAGCUCCGCCUCCUCCUCCCCAACUGGGCUGAGCGUUAUAAUGGGCUGGCCUGAGAGUAGUGGAGAGAGAUAAUGACAAUGCCACUUAAUGACAACAGCCGCUCGAGGGUUGCUAUCGCCAGCAGACAGUUCGCAAGCGCCAGGCUCUUCAAGCGGGAGCGCCACUAACGUGGGGGAAAGGAGAGCAGAAAGACACGGAUUCAGCACAUCAGGUUUCCAUUUUUCUUUUUUAAAUCCUAACCGGAGUCAACUUGCUGCCGAUCUUCCCCUGGAAGCCUAUGAAGAGCUAAGAGUACACUACUAGAAAGAGAAUCGCACCACCAGGAUAUAUCGUUUAAAAAAAAGUUGACGCAAAGUUUCUUCAGUCACCUGUUACCUUCAGCUUUGCGUCCGAGACUCUCAAGAUAAAAUACCACCGGUUGCGGGGGAGGGGAGAGCGCGCAUCUUCCUCGGAAGGAUCCUCCCCCACGCGGAUCAGAUACUUAUUUUGGGUAGAAGAGAAAAGCCUACCUUCUAGGGAUCAUCAUUCAGGUGGUGCUCAGCAACGCACCAUCCAGGACUGCCGAGAGAAAACGCUUGAAAACCAGCCGACUCCACGCGCUAGGAGCGCAACGCGCUGGUUUUAAUUUCGAAGGAGGAGACUUGGGGUGUGGAAACAAACCCCCUUUUUGCUCACAAACUAAGGAGGGGGCAGAAAGAGACCUCACCGCUACAUACCGCCCCGACACCCUUUCCCAAAGGAAUUCAGGCUUCAGAAACUUCUCCCGUGGCUCUGCUUUUUUUAAGGGUUGCUAGCGUGGGAACCCCGAUUUUUGCUCUCUUCCUCCAGGGAGGCGGAGACGUUGCUCUGAAGCCGCGAGACACAUUCCGUGACUCCCCCGUGGAAGAAAGGGAACUGUCGCCCCUUAGGGGAGCUCCACCACCACCGCGUAAAAGGAGAGAUGCACCUCAACUUUUGUUAGCGGCCCCUCUCCCCGGAGAUCCGAGCCUACACCGCCCCAUUGCUGCGCUCGGAAGGCCCACCGAUCAUCCCUGGGGAAGAAGAGACCCGUGGGCGGGGGGAGCCGAGCUGGGCCCCUUCGAGGCUGGAGGCGCCACCAUGAAGCUGGAGAUCUUCGCCCCUCGUUACGAGGACAAGCUCAGCAGCGACCAGGAAAGCAGCAGCGCGGCGUCGCCACUGCCCGGCGACAGCGAGCUGGGCUCCGACGGUGACUGCGCCGCCCUCAGCCCGGCCAGUGGCGUCGGGGCCUCUCCGCGCCAGGGCUCGGAGCCUUCGCCCGGCAACGCGAAAGCAGCGCCGGGGAAGCCUUACACGCGUCGCCCGAAGCCUCCCUACUCGUACAUCGCGCUGAUCGCCAUGGCUAUCCGGGACUCCGCCGGGGGGCGCCUGACGCUGGCCGAGAUCAACGAGUACCUGAUGGGCCGUUUCCCCUUCUUCCGCGGCGCCUACACGGGCUGGCGCAACUCCGUGCGCCACAAUCUGUCGCUCAACGAUUGCUUCGUCAAGGUGCUCCGCGACCCGGCCCGGCCGUGGGGCAAGGACAACUACUGGAUGCUCAACCCCAGCUCCGAGUACACGUUCGCCGACGGCGUCUUCCGCAGGCGGAGGAAGCGCCUCAGCAGGCCCGGCGCCGCGGAGCCUGCCCAGGCGCACCAGCCCUCGGCCUCGCCCUCUCCAAGCGCCGACCACGAGCCCCAGCCAGCGGCGUCCGGGACAGCCACGACGACGGCCGCCGCCUCCGUCUCGCCGUCGUGCUCCUCGUCGGGCCCGAAAUUCUCCAGCUCCUUCGCCAUCGAGAGCAUCUUGAGCCGCCCUUUCCAGCCGUCCGGGAAGCAGCAGCAGCAGCGCCCCGCAACCCCAGCGGGAGACAGGGCGAUGCUGUGGCCCGUCCCGUCGGGCUACUCUCACCUUCUGCCCCAGUCCGCCGUCUCCUUCGGGCUCCUUCCUCCUCCUCCUCCGUUCCCACCCGCGGCGGCCUCUUCUCUGUAUUCCUACAGGCUGCCCGACCCGCUCCUCCUGGAGGUCUCCGCGGGGGAGGCCUCGACGUCCGGGGAUCCCCAACAACUCUUCCCCCAGAGGACCUCCCUCCUCGCCGCUUCCACCGCGGCCUCGGAAUCGCUGCAAGGGGUCCCGCUCGGCGUCGCUCAGCUCUACUGCCCCUCCGGCUGCCCGGGUCGUUGCAGCAGGUCUAUCGGCCUUAUCCCACGGAGACCCUACCGGUGUAAACGUAGAACUAGCCAAGCCCCCCUCCCUCAUGAAGGGGUGACUUGAGGACAGGCGAUGGGAAAGGUCUCUACGCACAUUUUUAUUUUAUUUUUAAUCCAGUGACUGAAAAGUACAAAGACUCUGUGCCUUAAGGAUGGAUUUCCCCUGAGACAAAAACCCAAAGUCAUUCGAUCUGAUUUUAACCCGAACUUUCAAAUGGACCAGAGUGUGUCUGUCUCCUGGCAAUAGUACCCUGCUGAUAGGUUUUUGGGGGGGGCAUUCAACCAAUUGUUUUUGUUUCCCAUUCACAAGACUAGGAGGCGCGCCCAACCCGCAGAUUUUAAGCCAUUGUUAUAGCCGUGAGUUUCCAGGGUGAACUCCUUACUCUGGUAUAGUCGUUAAAGCGCAGUCCUGUCUUCUAUGUUUAUUCCGAAGAAAGGCUGCUCAGCGGGUCUUAUUCCGAAGUGGGCGUGGCAAGGGUGGCAACUGCGAUUAUCCAAACGGCUUCCUCGAGAACUCUGUAUACAGUACGUAUGCUGCAAACUUUAGCAGGGUUGCCAACUUCUUGUUGAAGGGGGGCUCCUGUGCCUUUAGCAGUCUUGAUGCUUGGUCAGACUGCUGUCAAAGGCCCCAAAACUGGGCCAGUAAAAAGUUGGCAACCCUAAGAGCUCCACUGAUUUCAACAGAAGCUAAAUACACAUGGAGGGGGGCAGAGAUUAAGCCCCGUUUAACUCAAAGGGUCUUGUUUUUUCGGGAGGGUAACAUAGGGUUGUGGUCAAUUAACCUUUACUCAGAGUAGACUCUUUGAAAUGGAUGGACCUAAGUUAAUCAUGGUAAGAGUUAGUUGACUACAACCCAUCACACAGCCGGACUGCAGCCUGCGCUUCUAAGCGUACAUUAAGUUAGGGAUCGACCCAUUGGAUUUCAGGGAACUUACUCCUGAGUAAGCAGCCAGCCGUAAGACUGAAUUCCUCCGCAGCCUCUUAAGGGUAGUCCAAGCCAGCUAGUGGAGUGGGGUGGGAAUGGGAAUAGAAUCACAGGAAAGUGGGUUGUGAACUUGCGUGGGGCGAAUCACUAUUUGCAAUAUCCAUCGUUCAAAAACGAAUAACUUUAAAAGCACCGCCCCGAUUCUAGCGCAUAUUUACGCAGAGGUAAGCCUGUUUGACUUCACAUCUGCGUAGCCUCUAGAUGCGAGGUGCAGUGAACUGGUGAGAUUCCCUGCUGGCGAGAGAUCAGUCCAGAGAGAUGUACAGGGAGACAGAAAAGACAAAACAGCUUUUAUAUUUAUUUAAAUGAAAGCCUCUUUCCGAUGGAGGGGGGGAGGCGGCUUUGAUGGAAAUCGUGAACGUAGGCAAUGUCUAACCGAGUCAGGGUUUCGUUCCUAAAUUCUUUAUACUUUUCCUCUAGUUUCCGAGUACUCCGAAUACAGAAGAAAGGGCUCUUUUAAAAAUGCACGUGUGAGCCUUCCCAGAAUGAGCACUGCGGUUAGCCUUUCGUGGAAGAGGGAGGGGGUAACUUAUUUAUAACUUUUUUAUUGUUUCGGCAAAUACAGGCUGCCGUCGCUUUUUAUUUUUUCCAAUAAAAGGACAAAUUUGAUAUUUGGGGUGUGUCCGCGUGAGUCUGCGAAAAGUUGUUUGAUAACCAUAACCCCUGCCCCACAAAAAUAAAAAAUGGGUUUCUGUGACUAUCCAGAGAUACCCAAGCGGAACCCUAUUUUUUAAAAAUGCUGCCACCGAAAAGGAAGACUGCUUUCAGGAAAUGUGUCUGUGGUGAUGUGUGUGCGUGUGCGCGCGUUAUGAAGCUGUGGAUCCUGGUUAUUUUCAAAUAAAAGUUGGAAUG